AUGGCUCCAACUCUGCUGGAUAUGGCUCAGAUUUUUGGUUUUAGGCCUCAUGGAAGACCUGUUGAUGCUGUUGGUGAUUAUCACAGGAAGAAAGACCAGCAGAUGCUAGCCAAGCCAUUCAACAUUUCUCCAGCCCUGAUCAACCAGAAUUGCUCCUUCUCCAAUUAUCUCAGAAAAUUUAGUGCUGAGAAGGACAAAGAUCAGCAGCACAUGUUGUUUCUCCUGUAUUGGCUGAACAGGUUUAUUCUGCCCAAUCGUUCUUCUGCAGUUCUGCUUGAGUAUAGACAUCUGGCAGAAGCUCUGCAUAAUCACACUGAUGUUGGACUUGGGCCUACAGUUCUGGCCCAUUUAUUCAAGAACCUGCAUACUGCCACCUUGGAGUAUCCGCUAAAUCUGUCUGCUCCUGGGGCCUUCUGGAUGAUUCAGAUCUGGCUGCAGGUCUAUUUUCCUGAGUUAAGUUUUCCAGAUAUAGUUCUGCCUGAGGACCAGGUUUUGGCUCAACCAUUGUUGUCAGCAGAAGUCCCCAAGAGGUCAAUUGAUGAGUACCUGAUGAUCUUCAGGCAUUGUACCAAGAGGUCUGCAGCGCAGUGGCAAGUGGUGAUCAGGAGAACCUAUCCUUGGUUUCAACCUGGACAUCGUCUGUUUGAGAAGGAGCCAGAAGAAGAAUCUGCCAGAACUGAUUUCAGGAAGAAGUUCCUGAGUGUGACCUUACCCACAGAUCUGCCUCACGGAGGAGGAAAGCCUCCAAAUUAUCAUUUAUGGGCGGAAGUCUACCAUCCCAACUUCUGUGCAAGGCAGCUUGGCUGCCCUCAACUCAUACCCCUCAAGUCAUACAGAAGCUGCAAUCGGGGCUCUUCUUGGAGGGAUGCAGAUGACUUGGAGGUCCACAAAGAUGUCAGGUGUGCAGUGAAUAAGAUCAACAAUAGUGCAGAUGCCCUUUAUCCUUCAUGGGAAUUGAACUCCUGCAGUUCUGCGGAGUUUGAUGCUUGGUGGAAAGCCAGAUUCCGUGACCUGCCUGCUUCUAGCACCGCACUUCAGGUCCUUUUUAAGGGCUGGGACAAUUGGACUGUUCAUACAGACGAGGAGACUCACAAAUUCAUGGUGCAGACCAUCAAAGACAUCAACAUGCAAGUUAUAGAAGUUAAUUCUGUUAUUGCUGCUGGGGAUCUAGAGUUGCCCUCCGGGGAUGGAGAAGAGGAAGAAGAGGAAGAAGAAAAAGAUCAGGUAGAACAGACUCAUGUUGAGGCCACUUCUCCUGUUAAAAGAAAAAGAAAAGAAACUGCCCAAUCUGUGACUCCAGCUGGAAGUCCUUCUCCUCCUCUUACUAAGUCAAAAAGACUUAGAAAGAAGAUUGUAGAAGAAUACGUGGCCCCGAAGGGAACUAGGGCAGUUCCUACCACCACUUCUGGCACGGAUGACGAUCUGAGAGAGGUUUUCGAAGCUGUGGAGCAAGAAAAGGAGCUGGAAGAGCUAGAAGAAGUAGGAGAGGGGCCUCAAGAAAAGGCCAAGACAGUGGAAGAAGAGGAGGAAAUCCCUGCUGAGGUGAUAGCGGAGAGCAUUGCCUUGGCUCGGAAGCAGCAGGAAGAUAUAGGGACAAGGCUAGCUAACUCAGAGGUGGCCCUCUUUGAUGAUCCAGAGGCGGAACAUUCUACUGCUGCUCCAGCAGCUGAGGACCAAGCGGAACAAUCCGGAUCAAAGCCUGGGGAGCAGGCAGAACAAGUGGUUCCUGCUCCUGAAACCGUAGUAGAAGUAGCUGCUGCCGUUCUUGGGUUUAUGGUAGAAAUACAAAAAGCUGCUGGGACCUUGGCGGUGAGGACCACCCCUUUGCAACCUCCGAUUGUUGCUGUUCAUCUGCCACGGCCUCUUUGA